AUGAAUGAGGAGGACGAGUCGUCUUCGAGGAAGGUGGACGAUUUCAUCGCCACCGCCCUCUUUUGGUGGAGGCGGAGCUGCUGCCGUAGUAGGAGAGUGGGUUUGGGGAUCCCCGCCGUCGGGCUGGUCGUGACGAGGCUGGAGCUUGAAUCUGUCGAGGAAGGCAGCAUCGGAGAUGUGAUCGUCACGAUUGGAAUUAACAUCCCUGUCCGUCCUCGUCCGUGGCUGCGCAUUAUUAUGAUUUUGGGGGAAGUGAGAAGCUCGCGGCGGCGGAGGGGCGGCGGAGCAGGACUGGAAGGGUCUCUCGCGUCUCAGAGGCCUAUUAGAUCCGCCUGCCGGAGCAAACUAGUAUGCAAGCGAUGGAACUCACUCAUCUCCCACAUUGGCUUCAACCGCCAUUUUGUUUCUCACCACCGGAGCAGGAACGACGGCCAGCCACCACUCCUCCUCUGCAAGGACGACCAACUGCCUUCACUCCUAAGCUUCCUCCCCGUCCCCGACGAAUUCCGAUCCAGCUUCGUCGUUUGGGAUUCCUUCAAGGACUUGAUUUUGUGCGUGUUUCAGAAUUCAGUGUGGGACUACAAUCACGAAAGGGGCCGAUCGCUCUUGAUCUGCAAUCCGUUUACGAAGCAAUGGGUCGCCCUUCCUCUAGAGCCCGAAACGCCAGGGUACAGGUCCUACGAAACGAAGGAAGCAGAAUUGAUCUGUCGAAGAGUUCGAAACGUUAAUAGUUUGGAUCUGGGGGAUGGCCAAGUAUUUAGCUUCGACGUCCUCGUCGCCCGCUUUUCCGCCGACUGCGACUCGUUGUUGGUCGUCUCCUUUCUCGGCGGAGUCCCGCCUAGCCCUGGGCACGGCGACCAGCUCAGAUCCGCCGUCGUCUUCAACUCCGUUUCCUGCGGCGACGAGUACGUCGUCACCACUCGGGGACCAGUCACCGAUCGUCGAGUGGCUUGCGUGAUUGGCGACGUCGACGAGCCCCCCGAGAGUUUUGCCGCUACCUCCUCCUUUCCUUCCGCCAAACACCCCUGUGCUUCUUGA